UGUACCAGCCCAGUGCUGUGGUGCUGCAGUGUGGUGCAGACUCGCUGUCUGGUGAUAGGCUUGGCUGCUUCAAUCUCACUGUCAAAGGUCAUGCUAAAUGUGUAGAAGUAGUAAAAACUUUUAACUUGCCAUUGCUGAUGCUUGGUGGAGGUGGCUACACAAUCCGAAAUGUUGCUCGAUGUUGGACGUAUGAGACCGCAGUUGCCCUUGACUGUGAAAUUCCUAAUGAGUUGCCAUAUAAUGAUUACUUUGAGUAUUUCGGACCAGACUUCAAACUGCAUAUUAGUCCAUCAAACAUGACAAACCAGAACACUCCAGAAUAUAUGGAAAAGAUAAAACAGCGUUUAUUUGAAAAUCUUCGAAUGUUACCACAUGCACCUGGUGUUCAGAUGCAAGCUAUUCCAGAAGAUGCUGUUCAUGAAGAAAGUGGGGAUGAGGAUGGGGAAGACCCAGACAAGAGGAUUUCUAUUCGUGCGUCUGACAAGCGGAUAGCUUGCGAUGAAGAAUUCUCAGAUUCGGAAGAUGAAGGUGAAGGAGGCCGUAGAAAUGUUGCUGAUCAUAAGAAGGGAGCAAAGAAAGCUAGGAUUGAAGAAGACAAGAAGGAGACAGAGGACAAAAAAACAGAUGUUAAGGAAGAAGACAAAUCCAAGGACAGCAGUGGUGAAAAAACAGAUACCAAAGGAGCCAAGUCAGAACAACUCAGCAAUCCUUGAAUUUGACUCCCCAACGUAAGGAUCCUCUUGAAAAGUGAGACGAUACUGGGCUAAUAAACCUUU